AUGAAAUCGGCCACCAGGCUCUUUUACCUGGCCAUCUUUACUGCCUGGGCCCCACCUGCUGUAUGCGAUAGCAGUGACAGUUGUGGCUUCUCUUCUGGAACCAUCGUCGAAGAUGCCUGCGCUUCCUACGCCACCCUCGACCAGGUCAAUGCGCAGAUCAAACCCUCGCUCGACGACCUCACACGAACUACCGACUUCUUCUCCCACUACCGACUGAACCUGUUCAACAAACAGUGCCCCUUUUGGGACGACGAUGGAGGUAUAUGCGGAAACAUUGGAUGCGCUGUCGAGACGCUCGACAACGAAGACGACGUGCCCGAAGUCUGGCGCGCCAGCGAGCUUAGUAAGCUGGAGGGCCCGCUGGCCAAGCACCCGGGCCAGUCGGGACGCAAGAAGAAGCACGGCAAGCCGCUCCAAGGCGGCCUGGGCGAAGGCGUCGGCGAGAGCUGCGUCUUCGAAUACGACGAUGAGUAUGACGAUCGCGACUACUGUGUUCCCGAGGACGAGAGCGCCGGUGGCGACUACGUCAGCCUCCUGCGCAACCCCGAGCGCUUCACCGGCUACGGCGGCGAGGGCUCCCACGACGUCUGGGACGCCAUCUACCGCGAGAACUGCUUUCAACGCAGCUCUUUCCCCACCUCGGCCAACGUCGGUUCCUCGUCGGAGCUGGGCCCUGCCGAGCACGACUUCCGCCAGGUUCUCGAUUCCGUGUCACAGCUGCAGCGCCUGAGCAAGCCGAACGACGCCAAAGAUUCCGGCACCGACCUUCUCGAACCCUCGGCUGACCAGUGCCUGGAGAAGCGCGUCUUCUACCGCGUCAUCUCGGGCAUGCACGCCAGCAUCAGUGCCCACCUGUGCUGGGACUUCCUCAACCAGACAACAGGCGAGUGGCAGCCCAACCAGGCGUGCUACGAGUGGCGUCUACACAAGCACCCGGACCGCGUCAGCAACCUGUACUUCAACUACGCCCUCGUCACCAGGGCCGUCGCCAAGCUGGGUCCCCACCUAAAGUCGCCGGCCUACUACACUUUCUGCAACGACGAUGCCUCCAAGGACCAAUCGACGCGCGCCAAGGCCCUCGACGUGGCUAGACGCGCUGCCGAGGCUCCCCAGCUAUUUAACGAGGGCCUCAUGUUCGUCAAUGGCGAAGGGCCUUCUCUGAAGGAGGACUUCCGCAACCGCUUCCGCAACGUCAGCCGUCUGAUGGACUGUGUCGGCUGCGACAAGUGCCGGCUCUGGGGUAAAGUUCAGACGGCUGGCUAUGGCACUGCCCUCAAAGUCCUCUUCGAGUUUGACGAGAAGAACAAUGCCGGCGGGGAUGUGCCUCCGCUCAAGCGCACCGAGCUUGUCGCCCUCUUCAACACGUACGCCCGCCUCAGCGAGUCCCUCAGCUCGCUAGCCAAGUUCCGCACCAUGCUCGAAGCCGAUGAGGAGGCCGUCAUCAACUCAGACGAGAGAGUUGCCAGGGUCGGAGGGAUCGAGCAGGAGGAGGAGGAGCCCCUCGAGGACUUUAUCAAGCCCCAGCUCAAAAGACGCACUCGCUUACCAGCUGAUGCACCCAUUGCCGAUGUCUUCGACCAGGAAUUCGGUAUGAUGAUCCGUGCGUUCAAGCUUGUUGUCGGAGCUUGGAUACGCUUCCCAAUCACUCUGUACCACAUUAUCCUGUCCGAGUCGAUAAGGCUGUACCAGUUCUGGCUAGGUCUCCCAGUCAGCCCGCGACAAUGGAGAUUCGAGCUACCUAAAGUGGACCGGGAUGAAUUGUAG